ACCACAGGAUACAAGGCGAGCAUAAUGAAUUAGUUAGAUAUAAGAUCAGUAGUGUAAAAACUUAAUAAGUACCUUACAGCAAGGUCAAUUCGCGAGAUGAGCUCAGUUUGUCGUUCGACCGUGUGUCGGCUGUUCAUACAUGAUGACUGCCGCCGGAUUUACAUUUGUAAUGUUAUUAUUAUCAUGCCACGGGCAAGAAUUAUUUCCCUUCGCAAGUGUGAUAAGUAACACCCUCACGCACAACCCGAUAGUGCAGCUCGCUUCGCUGACAUCGGGAGAGGUUGUAGCGAACGCUGCCGGCGCUAUCGCUGAAGCUCCCAUUGCAAUCGCCCGGGCGGCCGGCUCCUUCUACACCUUCCCGUUUCUCGCCAACCGUAAAAAUCUGGUGGACUAUGCCGACAAGUUAGUCUUAGAAUAUUAUUCCAAUGCAAACAACGAAGACAUCACGCUAAGUAUCGGUGAUCUCAUAACAAAGUAUGGAUACCCGGUAGAAAAGCACGCCGUCCACACCGAGGACGGCUACAAGCUUCACAUGUUCAGGAUACCGAGCAACGGAUCAGUAGUUUUCCUCAUGCACGGUCUAGAAGGAAGCGCGGACGACUUCGUCCUGAACGGUCCUCAAAGUGGUCUCGCUUACCUCUUAGCUGACGAGGGUUACGACGUUUGGAUGGGAAACGCCCGUGGGAACAAACAUUCGCGGCAUCAUAAAUACCUCACUCCCUCCGAUUCAGAAUUUUGGGACUUUUCGUGGCACGAUAUCGGAUAUUACGAUCUGCCGGCUAUGAUAGAUCGUGCGCUCCACGUUAGUAAUUCCGAUACACUGAAGUAUAUCGGACAUUCCCAGGGGACUACGGUAUUCUUCGUGAUGGCCUCGGAGCGAGCGGAGUACAACGAUAAAGUCACCCUCAUGGUCGCUCUGUCCCCGGUGGCGUACAUGACACACGUCAAAUCGCCGCUGGUCCGGCUCCUGGCGCCGGGAACGCCUCUUAUUUACGGGGUGAUGAAAACUCUAGGUGUGUACGAGUUCCUGCCCGACAAUUCCUUGUUAAGACCAAUAAAACUGUUGAUGUGCGGCGAUGCGCCCUUGGCAGAUAUUCUGUGCAGUAAUUUUGUGUUUUUGAUCGUCGGCUUCGACUUGGAGCAACUCAACAUGACCAAUUUGGCCGUGAUAUUGGGUCACAUGCCGUCCGGUGCUUCGGUGAAACAGUUCGCGCAUUACGGCCAAGGUGUUGUUUCGGGGGAGUUUCGACAGUUCGAUUUAGGUGUGAUGGGAAACUUGGAGAGGUACGGGUCACAGACACCUCCUCGGUACGCGCUGGAUCGUGUGCGGGUCCCGGUGUCCUUGUUCUACAGUGACGCGGACUGGUUGGCUCACCCCGUGGAUGUAGACAGGUUGUACAACGAGUUGCAGAAUGCUGUGGACAUCCACAAGGUUCCAUACGAACCCUUCAACCACUUAGAUUUUUUGUUCGCGAAAGACUUUAAAAGAUUGAUUUACAAAAGAUUACGUAAAUUGCUGUCAUUAUUUUAACAACUGAAAUUAUGAGAUACCAUUAUGUUUGUUUGUUAAAGGUGUUAUGAAAUGAAAUAAAUAUUGUGAG